AAAUUAAUUUUAAUAUGUAGCAGAUUAGUAAAGAAAAAGAGUAGUAGUAUCAAUAGUAUAUGGAAUUAGAAAAAGAAGUUAUGAGUACUUUAGCCAAAGUUAGACAAUAUGAAGCCUCAAUGACAUAACUCAAACGAAAUAUUUAGAAAUGCCAAAUUACAUUAAAAGAACUUGGAAGUAUUGAUGAAUAAAAAACUUAUUAACCAGUUGGUAAAUGGUAAAAAUUAAAUUCAUUUUAUUAAUAGCUUCAUUCUCAAAUCAAAAAAAGAUAUUACAAAUGAAGUUAUUGAAAUCAUUAAAUCUCAUGAAAAAGAUAUCGAUGAAUAUGAAAAAGUUAGACAACAUUUAAUUACCAAAGGAAAAGAAAAAGAAACAUAAUUGUAAGAAGCAAUGAAAGCAUUAAAAAUUUGA